GUUGGCAAUGACCAGAGACAAAAACACUAGUUUAUAAAUGUAAAUACUAAAUAGAACGCCGUUGUGGUGGACAGUAAAGUGUAGUGUGAUUGUUUUGUUGUGUGUAGAUGUCCAAGGACCUUGAUAAGAGAUAAUUGUUAUUUUGGCACUAUCUGAAACAUGUCGGUUACAAUUCAUACGGACGUCGGUGAUUUGAAAAUCGAACUCUUCUGCGAAUACUGCCCAAAAGCUUGCGAGAACUUCUUAGCACUGUGUGCAAGUGAUUAUUACAAUGGCUGUUUAUUUCAUCGGAACAUUAAAGGCUUCAUUGUUCAGACUGGAGAUCCUACACAGACAGGGAAGGGAGGAAAUUCCAUAUGGGGCCGGAAAUUCGAAGAUGAAUAUAAGGAAGACUUGAAGCAUAACACUAGAGGUAUUGUAUCUAUGGCAAAUAAUGGUCCAAACACAAAUGCAAGCCAAUUUUUUAUUACAUAUGCUGCCCAGCCGCACCUGGAUUUGAAGUACACCAUCUUUGGAAAGGUUAUUGAUGGAUUUGAGGCACUGGAUGAAUUAGAGAAGUUGCCAGUAAACCCUAAAAAUUACAAACCUUUAACAGAAACAAGGAUAAACAGAGUUACAAUACAUGCCAACCCCUUGGCAGGAUAAUUGCCUGCAAUAAAUUAAUUGGAUAAUACAUGUGAAAUAAAAAAAUAAUAAAUUUACUGCAAGUUUUACAGAA